CGCUUUGCACAGGAGGGCGAGUCGCGGCGCCAUUUGGAUUGGGCGGCGCCGAGCUCUUUUGCCGUCUUCGGAUCUCCGAGUGUGACUUUUGUUGCCGUGUGCUGGGAGUGCUACGAAACCGCUGCGUUGCGGGUUGGGAGAAUGGCGGUCAGCGCCCUGUAAGGGCUGUGGCACUGCGGUAUUCAGCGCUUCUGUUCGGUAGAUCUGCAAAAUACUCCUGCAGCAAUUGCUACCAGUUUAAAAUACUGAAGACUUUUUAAACCUUGCAAUAAUAUAUGUUUAUCUACAAUAUGGAGCCUGUUGCAGGGUUUCUUAUCUGCAUGGAACUCCUCUUUAUGGAGAAGACAACAAACAGGAAAUUGCAGAGAUGCAAACAAACUGGUUUGGCAGGUGAUGGGAAAGGAAAAGCUGUGUCACCACAUUUAAGCUGAACAUCAGAGGCAAAGGAAGCCUGACUCCUAAGGCAGCUGAUCAGCACCUAUGAAGCGUCAAUUUCCUUAACUUGGUGUUGAGCCUCACUGUACCUCAGGUACUGCCAUAUUCUUUUUGCUGAAUCUUCCAGCAGGAAAUGAAAACUAUGUAUCUGUUACUCCUUUCCAUUAUAUAUUUGCUUCUGAAACUCACUAGCAGCAGAGAAGUUAUAUUUGGCCAUAAUCAUUUCACUGAGUAUCAAGUGGGCAACAUGAACCUUAUCCUCUCUGUCCCACAUGGUGGGUCAAUGGAACCUGAAGACAUCCCUGACCGAGAGGCUGGCUGUUGGGAUGCUGAGACAUCUUCUUGUAUUUUCUCUCAUGAGUGUCCUCCUGGAAGCAUUCAAAAUUAUAAGAAGUGUAAAGUAUCUACCAAACAAGACAGGUACACAAUAGAAGUGGCUCAAGCUCUUGCUGAGGAAAUCAACAAAAUUACUGAUGGUUUCUUUCCACAUACUGUUAUUAACCACUUACAGAGGUUCAAGAUGGAUGCUAACAGGGAAAAGGAAGAGGCCUCCUUUGGAGUUCCCCAAGCAGAACAGGCCUGGGAGGAUUACAUGGGAUUUUUGACCACUGCAAAAUCACAGAUGACAGGGGGCCUGAUUCUGGAUAUUCAUGGACAAGCACAUCCCGAACAGUGGAUAGAAUUAGGUUAUACGCUUUCAAAAACUUCUCUUAACUCGGGUGUCCUUUCUGCAUCAAAUUCUUCCAUUAGAUAUCUUGCCAGUCAGCUAGUUGGUGUGUCUUUUGAGACUCUGCUUGCAGGGAACAGAAGUUUGGGUAAAUAUAUUGAAGAACAAAAUAACAGUUACAUUUGUGUGCCUUCUCUAUCCAAUCCUAGCCCAAAUAAUGGGAACUAUUAUAGUGGUGGAUACAUAACAAAGACUUUUGGCUCUCGUCAUUCUGGUGUUGUUGAUGCCAUUCAGAUUGAACUAUCACAGUGGGUGAGGACACCUGAAGAACUUCCCAAAUUCUGUAAAGCACUAGCAAAGGCUGUAAUGAAAUUCUGGCAAACUAACUACUGCAGCCAGUUCAAGCAUGAGUUUCUGCCAUGCUGAAAAAGGUUGUCUUAAUUAAGAUACCUUUCCAUAAUAUAAUAUGGAUCUGAAUCAACAGAACAACUGAUACACCUAAAACACUUAAGCCUGAAAUAUAACUGGAUAGUAGAGGAAAAAUAGCUUCCAAAGGAAUGCAGAGACAUCAUCAGAGAAAAUUCAGAGCUAAUACUCAACAAGCCAAUUAGCAAACAGCUUUGUGCUAGAUCCAGCAUUGAAAAGACUGCCUGAAAGAUAUCUUUGGAACUAUCAAUUGUCUGAUAAGCUUUUCUGUUCUUAAUUUCUUUCCUGUAGCAUCCUUUGUUCUCUAGGAUACAGUGUCUAUUCUUCUAGUCAAUUCUGUAUAGUGCAGUGCUUUAAUAGAUUGUCUGUUCAAUAAAACUGAAUGUCUCUGCUUUUC